AUGGCUACGAAUACAGAACCCACAUCAAAUCAAGGAAGAACUGGAUCGUCUUCAUCUCAGAAUUAUUAUGAUUUACUUGGAAUAACACCACAAGCGACAGAUGAUGAAAUAAAACGUGCAUAUAGAAAAACAGCUUUACGUUUACAUCCUGAUAAAAAUCCUGACCCAGAUGCAGCUGCUCAAUUUCAUGCAGUUGAUAAAGCAUAUAAAAUUCUUAUUGAUCCGAAAUUAAGAUCAACUUAUGAUCAAUUGGGACCACGAGCUGCUGAUGCAAUGCGUCGAAUGAACGAUGAAUAUUCUGAAGCAUUAGCUCAAAUGCCUCGUUGGAAAAAAAUUCUUUUUGCAUUUUUAUGUAUCAGUACAUGUUGUUGUUUCGGUGGUGGUUUUUGUUGUCUUUGUGGUUGUGGUUGUUGUUGCAAUUUUUGUUGCAAUCGUUGUUGUGGCAAAUAUAAACAUGAUGAUGAAAAUCUAUUUACAUCAUUUCGAGAAGAUGAUGACAUGCCUAAUGUUCAUGUUCAAAAAAAUGCUAAUGUAACAUCACCCACAGUAAUUAUAACUAGUCCACAAGAAACUGAUCCAGUUCUUGGUACAACUGAUCAACAUACAGCUAUUCCGAUGCCUCCAUCAUAUGAAUCAAUAUCAGUAACAAAUCAAUAG